GCCUUAAGUAUCUGCGUUUUUAGCUGUUCAUGACUCGUCUUGAGGUAAAUAUUAGAACACGGUAAAUUAGAUAUUGAAAUUGAACUUUGAGUUUUGAAUUGUUUCACUGGGUCAUUUGACUUGUUCUCGGUUCUCUUCAACUUGGUUUCUGUUGUAUUUUUGCAUACUAGUAAUGCCAUACUACCGGUUUUCUAGAUUCCGCUCACCUAGACGAAGGGGUUUUUUUGGUGGGGGAAGGAGACUUCGUUCUGUGGAUUGGAGUGCAUACACUCUUGCUAAAUUCGAAAAGAAGUUUUAUCACGAAUGCUCAAGUGUUCGUGAUCGUUCUCGUAGAGAUGUCGAAGAAUUUCGAUCUAAACAUAAAGUUACCGUUCUUGGACACAAUGUUCCCAGACCUCUGUUCAAAUUCAGUGAAGCUGGAUUCCCGAGUUACAUCAUGAGCGUGAUUAAGAAAAGCAAAUGGGAUUCACCUACUCCUAUUCAAUGUCAGGGUUGGCCGGUAGCACUCAGUGGACGUGAUUUGGUUGGGAUUGCUCAAACAGGAUCAGGAAAGACAGCUAGUUUUCUCCUACCGGCAAUUGUGCACGCCAAAGCCCAACCAAGCCUAAAACGAGGAGAUGGACCCAUCGUUCUGAUUCUCGUUCCUACCAGAGAGCUCGCUCAACAAGUGGAAAAAGUUGCCGAAGAUUUUUGCUAUUCAGCCGGGUUCAAGUCCGCAUGUCUUUAUGGUGGAACAUCAAGAACUGGUCAGGCAGAAGCUUUAGGGCAGUCUCCUGAAGUAGUGAUCGCAACCCCUGGCCGUCUUCUCGACUUUCUGGAAUCGAGACAUACAAAUCUGCGUCGCUGCACUUAUCUAGUGCUCGAUGAAGCUGAUCGUAUGUUGGAUAUGGGCUUUGAACCUUCCAUCAGAAGAGUUGUCUCACAAGUUCGUCCGGACCGACAAACUUUAAUGUGGUCAGCUACCUGGCCCAGAGAAGUAAAAGCGCUGGCAGAGGACUUCCUUUAUGAUUAUAUCCAAAUAAAUGUUGGGUCUACCAAGUUGAGUGCGAACCACAACAUUCGACAGCAUGUAGAAAUCCUAAGUGAGGGCGAGAAGUUCAAACGUUUACUCAGUCUUCUCAAUUCCUUUGAUAAUGCCCGUGUUCUUGUCUUUACGGAAACAAAGAAGCGUACAGAUGAACUUUGUCAAAAACUUCAAGAUAAAGGCUUCGAUGCCACAGCCAUGCAUGGCGAUAAACAUCAAAAAGAACGUGAUCGUGCCUUAGAUAUGUUCCGCGAAGGUCAUAUAUCUGUUCUUGUUGCCACGGAUGUCGCAUCUAGAGGCCUAGAUAUUAACGAUGUUCGUUAUAUCAUCAAUUAUGACUAUCCGUCGCAAACUGAAGAUUACAUCCACAGGAUCGGACGAACAGGUAGAAGUGACAAGAAAGGCACUGCGUAUACUUUCUUUAGUGCCAAACAACCGAGAUUGGCGCGAGAACUUAUUGAGGUGCUGAAGGAAGCCCGUCAAACCAUUCCUGAUGAGUUGUUCAAAAUUGCAGAGGGAUAUUACGUUGAACGAAAUCGGUCAUCGGCGCAAUCCUAUCGUCGAAGUAGAUCAGGUUCGAGCCGGAGUGCGAGCUCAGGCAAGAGAAGUUUAUCUAAAAGAAGUCGUUCUAGCGCUAGCCGACCCUCCCGAUCUCGCUCGAGUCGCAGUGGGACACCAUACAGGUCGAGAAGUCCGCAAACUAAGGGUUACCACUCACGUACCCGGUCCAAAAGCUUGUCACGUAAUGGAAAUGGCGCAGCUAGUGACGAGUCCAAGGUGAGUUCACCCAGACAAAGGCGGUCUUAUGGUUCACGGACUCCACCUAAACGCAAAGAUCGAUCACAGUCUUCUCAAUACUCAAAAGAUGCUUAUCGUGAGCAAUCUAACCAUAACCGUUCUAGUUCGGAUGGUAGUCCACCGAAGCGAACCAAAGACAGAAGUCAUUCAAGUCGAAGUUCACAUUCGGGAAAACACAAAUACUCCCAUUCAUCACAAAGAGAAGACGUGGAGAGAGCUCAUUCCGCAUCAAGUGGUGCUCGAUCAGUAUCUCGUCACCGAUCACAAUCUUCGGCCCAUUCUCGUUCAAAAUCAAGUAGCAUGAAACGAUCUCAACGCAAGUCCAGUAGAUCUGUCAGUCGCCACUCCCAACAGAGUCCAUCUCAUGAGCACAGUGGAAGUUUAGAACCUUCUCCCACCAGGACCGAUCCUGAUGUUGCUGACCAUUCGUCACGUUCUAUUGUUGAUGUGAGUCCAGCCGAUGGGUCCAUAGACCGCCGUAAUUCUUCAGCGUCCGAUAAAAAUGAAUCAAUUUCACCCCCAAACUCAAGGGAUGUUUCACCCCAAUCUAUAACAAAAGAUGAAAGUCCUGUAGCUAAGAGACCCCGAAACGACCAUAUGUCCAGUCGGCAUUCUAAAAGUAAGAGUCGAUCGCAGUAUAGAGACUCGCCUAGAAAUGAACGUUCGAGUGGUUACAAACAUUCUAGUGGAUCUCGUCAUGACCGUAGAGGACGUAAAGAAGUUCACGAUACACGCGACCGUCGUUCUCGUUCAUCCGAUGAAUAUUUUGACAAUAACAGGCGAGAUCGAUCUUGGACACCGUAUGGGGAUGUACCUUCUUUCAAUUAUAAUUACAAAUUCAAUUAUAAUGCAAGAUACAACCGUAACAAAAACUUCUACCGCUCACGCUCACGUUCAUCAUCAGGAUGGCAGCGGCGAGACCGAAGCAGGAGUAGAUCAGGUCGUGAAAGGACUCCAAGGAAAAUGAGGGAUAAUCGCAGACGAUAAUUUUAAUGUGAUUUCAUUAAAUGUUCAUCAUCAUCUUAUUUGAGUUGUUAUUUGCGUACACUAGUAGUCUGUUUCUGACUGUAAGUCUCAGGAAAUUCGAUUUCACAUUUGUUGUCAGCUUGUCAAAAAAGCUUUUUAAGUAGCUCCGUUUCAUGCGCAUUUUCAGUGAAGUCGAAUGUAGAUCUUUGGUGUGUGUCAACCGUCUUAGUGUUAUCAGCUUAUCUCGGUCUCGUUCUUAACAGUCAGCACUCGCUGUUUAGUUCGGUGGAUACUUUGGCUCAUUAAAAUGUAUACUCGAAUGGAUGUAAUGAAAAUAUCAAUUUUGAUUAAAAAUUGAACAGAUAAUUUAGGCUAGUCUAAAUGGGAAAUACGAGAUGAUACAGAACGUAUAACAUUUGAAAGGAUAGCCUGUUUUGGAGCAAUUCAGGUUUUAUGAAACGGAGCUCUGAGUAGACCAAAUGAUGAGGUUGAGGUAGUGUUGGUAUGCUUCGUAAGUCCCAUUAUAAAAUGCUGUGAUUAGUCUGUUUUUGUAACCGUCUCCUAGAAGUAGGUACUAUCAGGUGUGAUAUAUUGUUACGCCAU